AUGCCCUUGCGUCUCACCUCAGCUCCAGUCUCCGGUGUCAAGAAACGCAAGCCAGCUGCCCGCAAACCCCAGGCCUCCCCAUUUGCCACCCAUGCGCGACGCAAACCAAUCUCCGCCGCAGCGAGUGGCGUGAAGCGGGCAGCCGAGGAGGGUCUGCUUGACGAUGAUGACCCUCUUCCAGAUCUAGGCGUAUCGCAUUAUAUAUCACAUACUGCAUCUGUUGAGAAUGUCGUCCAAGCAAUCGAGUAUAUUCGGACAAAAAUGUUUGACGAGCUGCCCGCUCGAGCCGGGAUGAAUAGCACGCGCAUAGCGGAGGUUCUGAACUUGCGACGGUCACUGCCUCCGCUAGCAUCGGUGGCACAUGUGCAUAUGUUGAUCGAUGCUCCCACGCAGGUGGAAAGGGAGAUUGUAGAGUUGGUUCAGGCGGGCCGAGUCCGGCGUCUGGUCGUUCCAGGCCGGGGCAAUGAUGCAGCUGGGCUAGGUGAUUGCCUGGUUCUUGCGGACGAUUGGGAGAAAUUGGUGCGUGAAAGCUCAGCUCUCGAUGCUGAUGUCAAGGAGAAAUUCCUCGACAUACUUGGCCGCAUCGGAACCAGCUCUGCGAUCUCGCAGAGCGUAUUUGAACCAGAAGAAUAUAGGUCGUUGAUGCGUGCGGGAUUCCUCGUAUCAUCCUCUUCUUUUACGCAAGGGUCACUGAGUCUUGCGUCUCUUCCUAAAUUGCCCAGCGCGGCGGUCUCGUCGGCCAGUCGGAAUGAACCGGUUCGAUCUUCUGAUUCCAACCGAUCUGUGCAGACCGAUGCCCAAUCUCGCGCUGCGACGCUAUUUUUGUCACUGCCAAAUACCGGGACAUAUCUUCGUUUGCUGGGCGCUGGUCGUGCUCACAUGAUGGCUCUUCUCCGGCGGUCCAGCUGCAGUGAGGCCCCCAUGGGCUUAUUGAGAGACCGUUGGGAUGGAGCGGUGGAAACUGAAAAGAGUUUCCAUCUGGCCAAAAGGGCCCGAGGGGAAUUUGCGGGUAUUUUGCCGGGUAAAACGAAGAAAUGGAAGGAUUUAUAUGGCAUGCAGUUCCGCUGGGUGCUGGAAGAAACCGUGGGGGCCGGCCUUGUGGAAAUGUUUGAGACAGGUAGUGUAGGACCUGGAGUCCGCUGCAUCUAG